AUGAAAAAGCUGCUUUUGCUGCUGCUGGGAAGUGCAGUUCAAUCGGAAAAGAAAGAGGAGUUUGUCAACCAGAUCAAGAACUUGGACGUCAAUCUGCAGCAGUCGAUCGUCGAAGAGAUUCGCAAAGUGACUCAGGAUGCGGAUUACGUGGUGAACGUGCAGCAGAUGGCGACGAGCGAGUUUGCUUCUCACGGUGGCGACGGCGGUGACGGCACUAAGGCUUUGUUGCACAGUCUCGUACGGCUGGUCGAGGAAAGGAACUCGUACGCCCAUCUGGUGCUGGACCUCAACCAAGAACAGGAGUCUGACGCAUCGAGCGUCCAGUCGAUGUGCAGUGGGUUGAAGUUACCGGAGAGUCAGCAGCAUGAGAUGCGCGACGACUUCGCCGAAAGACACACCGGAAUCGAAGUGGCCGACCUGAAGGCGAAGUUACGCAGAAUGCGACAAGAUCUGGAAGAGAAGAUCGAAAUUAUCGGCAUGCACAAAGAGGAUAUCGUCGAGAAGGAUGAAAUCAUCAUGAAGCUUCGCAAAGAGAAUCUCGAGCUGACCAAAGAGAUGCGGGCAUCGAAGGACUAUCGCGAUGAGGUGGAUAUGCUUCGCGAGAAAGUGGACGGCGUUGAGCGUCUCGAGAAAGAGUGCCAGAAAUACAAGGAGAAGCUUAUGGAGAUGAACUUCUACAAAUCCAGAGUUGAGGAACUACGACAAGAGAAUGAUGUGCUGAUCGAAACGAAGAAUAUGCUUGAGGAUCAGAUUGGAAAUUUGCGACAGCGUCUUCUACAAAGCAGCACUUGUGAAGCAGAGGUGCUUCGCCUUCAGAGGAUGAUUUCCAAUUUACAACAGGACAUGAAGAUGGAACAUGAAAGGAUGGACAGUGUUCUGGAUGACAACAGCCGGUUGCAGAAGGAGUUGCGUGAGAGUAUGAAGAAAGCGUGCGAUCUGGAAAGAGAAUUGGACAGAAUGAAAUCGCCAAUAGAUUCGCCAACGUUCAACGACGGCGCGGUGGCCAGGUCGAUUUCUGAUCAAAUGAACGAUUCACUGAAUUCGAAACUGUUACGACUGGAAUUGGAGAACCAAAAGCUUCAGGGGAAAUUGGAUGAAUGCAAAGAGCAUCAGCCAUCGACUCUCAGCGUCUACAAGGCCGAAAACGAAGAACUUCGCCAGACAGUGAACGCUUUAAGGGAACAAAACGCAAAAGACUCGUCGAAGAUGUCGAAACAGCAGGAAAGCAAUCUACAACUUUUGCAGACGGUCAAUCGUUUGGAGAAGGAACUGCAGAGCCGCGACGAGCAGCACCGCUUCGACGUAGAACAGCUUAAAGCGGAAGUGGCUCAGAGCUCGUCCGACAAGGCUUCUUGUAUCGAGGCGGCGUUGGCGAAAACUAAGAACGACUUAGAAACAGCGAGGACACGGUCAGACGAUCUUGAGGUACAGAACGAUCAGCUGAACAGCAAGAACCGAGCGCUGGAGAGCGAAGUACUUCGACUGAAGUCGGACGUGAACCAGCUGCACGAUCAGCUGAAUGUGGCGAUUAGCGACCGAUCGACCCUCGAGGGACGCCUGUCGAGCGUCGAGCGCGAGAACCGGUGUCUUGAGAAGGAGAACUUGAAAUUCAAGCAUCUGCUGCAGUGCAGUGACGCCGAGUCCGAGUCUCGCCGGUCCCGUGUGGUGGAUUUGGAGCGUCGCGUCGAGGAGCUGUCGUCAUUACAGACUGAAUGCGUCGAACUGAAGAAGGCGCACGGCGAGGCUGAGGCGGAUAAGAAGGCUGCCUAUCAGCAACUAGAUAUCGAGCGACGAAAGGCGACCGCUCUUGGCGACGACCUGAUCAAUGAGAAGCGACGGUGUCGACAGCUCGAGGACCACGUCCGAUAUGUGCGGUCCUGCCUGAGUCUAGAACCGCCCGGCUCGAACGACGACUUCGAUCAGUUCAAUGAAUGUGUCGCACGUUGUGUCGCCGAUCUGCGCAACCAGAUCCUCGCCCUACAGAGCCGAUGUUUGCAGAAGGAAAAGGAGAUCGAGCAGCUGACCGACUCCAAUGCCAUCGCCUCUGUCCCCGUCGCACCAUACGACCACUCGGGUAAUGGCAGUAGUGUGGACGAUCGGACCCAACGACCGACCACCGACAGCGAAUCCACUGCUAACGCCGCUGCCGCUGCCGUUGCCGCCACCGCCGACUUGACCAACAAAAACUUCUUGCUGAUCGAGGAGAACCGCAACGUCCGCCACCAGGUAUUCAUCCUGCAGGAUCAGAUCAAACGGUUGCAGGACGACGUCCGUACUGUCAGGAAUGAAAACGCGCUGCUGCGACAGCAGAUACGGGAUCUACAGAUUCAGCUGUGUGGUAGCGAAACGACCCAGUCCGUAGUCGAGAACAACCUAUUCUGCUUCUUCUAA